CCAAGCCGCAGCUGCUUAUUUGUUUUCGGAAAGUCUCGACGAGCGGAUCUACAGCAGCAGCAGCAGGCGCGGGAAUCACUUUCGCUUUCCUCGCCGCUAGUGUGUGUUACCUACCUAGGUACCUCCGAACGUACCGGAGUAGCAAGGAUAGCUGCCCAUCAGCACGGACUGACCACCGAACCGGGUUCGUCGCGUGUGGAUUGAAGUUCUUUUGUUGUGCAAGUGAUAGUGCGCUGAAAUAUCUGGAGCGGUGUCAACCAGUGAACUUUGAGCAGGACGAGGUCAGAAGGCUUAACGAGCAUGAAGAACAUGUUAUUACUGGUUCCCCUCGUGGGCCUCAUAUCGCUAGCAACCGCCCAGUACGGUCCGGCUCCGCCCCGGAUCAACAUCCCCGGUGCCAUCCCGCUGCCCGUAGUACGUGGCAUACCGAUCCGCGAGGAACGAGUGCUUCCCCCACAACCCCAGGUCCUUCGCGUGCGCCGGCCGGGCCCCGGUCCGAUCCGCACCUUGAUUCCCAACACGAUCCAAAUAUCCACUCCCAAGUUCCUCGAGCCGGAAGCGAAACCCGUUACCGAAGACCACGAAGAACACGAACUCUCCCAACCCUUCAUUCCAAUUAUCCACUCCUCCCCCGCCCCUCCCCAGCACUCCAUCCCCGAUGAUCAUGACGAACAACGUGACAUUCAACAGAACACCCUUUCCCGCUUCAACUCACAGGAGAACCGACCUGCGCCGAUUCCGCGUGCCCAGAUCCCGGAGCGAUUCUUCGCCACCGACAAGGACGUUCCCUCCAACGCCCAGCGGUUCGCCAUAACCUCGGAACGACCGGUCGCUCCAGCCCCAGUCGCCAAGCAGUACCGUCCGGCGCCCCAGCAGGUCAUCUCGCGACCGGCCCCCGUCCGUCACCAGCAGCCACAACAGCACUACGACGAAGACCGGCCACACAGCAGCCGGCAGCAGCAGGAGGACGAACGUCGCCGCAAGCCGGUCGCGCAGAUCCUGCGCAAGUGGCGCGAAGAACACGAGGACGGUUCCAUCACCUGGGGCUUCGAGAAUGACGACGGCUCGUUCAAGGAGGAAACCAUCGGAAUCGACUGCGUCACCCGCGGAAGCUACGGCUACAUCGACCCCGAUGGCGAGAAGCGUGAAUUCACGUACGAAACUGGCAUCAAGUGCGAUCCCAACAAGCGCGACGAGGAAGAUGAGGAAGAAUUGGAAGAGGAGCUGCAAUACAAAAAUGUCCCCUCGAAGGCAAAACGGCCACAGCCACAGCAGCAGCAACAGCAAUACUAUAGAAAUUAAGCCUUAGACCGUUAACAUUAGGGGCUGUGUGUGUGUCCGAAAACAGCGCAGGAGAUUUCUCAAUAGGAAGAAGAAGAACAAAGCCAACACAGUAUCGUCAGAUUGAAUUGCGUUCUCAGCUGUAUCUUCGUCAUUAGGAUUGUAUUUAUUUUACACUUACGACAUAAGGAUUCUAAUAAAGAGAAAAGACGUUCCAAA